AUGAAGUUCAAUUUCGAUAAAUCCAACUUCAAGGAUAAAAUUCGCUGGCUCCAGCCUCAUGUUUGUAUGCUCACCAUUCUCUCCAUCAUGGCUGGUAUCGUUAUCAGUCUUCCUCUACUCCACUGUGAGUUUGGCCCUAUUGACGUGCCCCGUUAUCUUCUCAGCAUUUCAGAAAACAACUCCACCCUGAAUGAGUUUACCAACCUUGUUUCUGAUAUCUAUUACCAGCACUUGGACAAGUACUUGGAGGGAAACUCUCGGUUAGUCUUUGUCGUGCCAAGGAUCAAGGUUGGCUACAAUUCAGUCAUGGUCACCUACCGCCAUGGAGUUUCUGAAGAUCCCAAAUCUUUAGAAAGCGUCGAUGGAGCAACCUUUCAAACCACAAGAGGGAUGAAGUUGAAGAAAGCCAACAGCUUGGUCGAGUAUUCUCAUCAUCAACCGUCAAACGCAAAUGUGACUCUUCUCUUGAGGGAUGGCAUCGAUAUCUUUGACUACAAAGGAUAUCCACUGCACAGUUUGACAGAUAAGUUGAUUAUACACAAAGGCUUCAGGUUCGGCUUCAUCCUCACUUUCUCCUUGGCAAUUGUUGCACUCGGGUGUCAUGCUGUGAUGGAAAACAACAUCACACGGAUCGCAUUCACUACAACACUUGCGUUAAUGGCCAUCAUGAACUUAGCGAUGAUGUUCUCUGGCAUCUCCAUUCAUGCAACUGCAAAGCUGUUGCUUCUCGCUGCGAACACCGCUGCCACUGUUGUCUAUAUACUUAUCAUUGGGGCGUCCAUCCUUUUCUUAUUCAGCUACGGGGAUUUGGGAAAAGAAAAGAAGCCAAAGAAGGAUAACCAGAGCGAGGGUAACCAAGACACCUUACACACCAAGCUUUCAACGACAGAGAUGCAAAAUGAAGCGACGCCUCAACGCUCCGCCAGUAAUCUGACUCUUGGUAGUGCCUCAAAGCUUGCACCAGAAAUCAAGAUGAUCAAUUCUGCCUCAUCUGGAGAAAAGAAAUCGGAGAGUCUGCUCAGCAGCGGUGGUAGAUUAAGGAGAUUUGCCAUUUCGAAUAACCAAGGUUACGAGGUUUCGUCAGGUCAACCGGAACAGCUCGAUGGGGAAGUGCCUAGGAACACGCCGGAAAAUGCUGGAGGCGAUAGUCCAACCAAAAACGAGGACAUCGUGAAGGGCUCUCCACAAGAUGUACUGCUGCUGAGAUACAGUUGUUCGGAUGAGAAAGCCCUGGAGAAGAGCGUACCAUUGAUCAAGUACAGAUCGUUGACACAUCUGAGAAGCACCAAGCUGAACUAUGGUAAUUCCACGAGCAUCCCUUCUGAGCAAACCCUGAAUGGUUCUGAGUUCAACUUUAACGGAGUCCAGUUGGAGCGCCAAACUGGCUCGAAUGCAUCUGGUUUGUCUAAAAAGGAACUGGGUCCAAAGAAUGCAAUUGCUGAGAAGCCUGAUGAUGUUGAGGACUCCAAAGUCCAAGACAGAAGAAGUAUUCCAACUGACUUCAGCAGUUUUGAGAUGAGCGACACGCCAAAGAACAACCGUUCCUUGUUCAAGGAGUCUAUGGAGGACAACUGA